CUUCUCCGGGGUGUUUGAACAGGAAGGCGGACAUGUUGGCCAGGUUGUGGGAGAGAAAUCGGACAUCGUCUGCUGUAUUUUUUUCCUUCCCCCUGAAAGUAGCACACAUCGAAAUCGGAUUUAAGUGUUUGAUAUGUGAGAAAGUUUUUUUUUUUUUUUUUUUUUUAAUUUUCUGGAGCGGAGCAGUCGGCAGUCCGGGACGAUGCUUGGGAGUCAGCGGAAAGACAGACUGUAAACGUCGGAACGACUCCGUCUUAUAAAACAUCGAAAUUUGGAAGAAGCAGAAGUUUGUUUUAAACACCCCAACACCACUUCUACUUUUCAGCUGUCAGAAUUGUUUGCCGUUUUCUACACAAGGCCUGGCGCUGACCCGCACUAACCCCGGCGGAGGUUGUGCUUUUGGAAAUGUACUUCAUGCAGAAGUUUUAGUCGUCUUUUGUUCGGAUGCAACAACAUUUUAAGCCCUUCUGCUCUGUGGCAUCCUGUGGAGGCAGGCUGACUGACUAAUCUGUCGCCGCGUUUCUGUUUUGCCACCACGACUGUGGGGUGGGAAACAUCUUUCGACAUUUAAUAAUGUGGCUUUUGUGUUAUCGGCAGAACUUUAAACGCUUCAUUGUCUGUCAAAGCCCGAGCGGAACAAUGUACUUCCUUUGAAGUGCGGUCUGAAGUUCGCACGAAGAAAGAACCGUUUGGCUAGCUAGCUAGCUGGCUGCUAAGCUAGCUAGCCAGCCUGCUGUUUUUCCUUAACGAUACUCUGAGUUUGACAGAAAAAAAUGUCAUCUGGAGAAAGUAUGGAGGCUCGAUUUGAUAAAAUCGAUGUCAUGUUGAAGGACCCAAAGUCGGAAAUAAACACGGAUUGUCUUCUGGAUGGCUUGGAUGCUUUGGUUUACGACCUUGACUUCCCUGCCCUAAGGAAAAACAAGAGCAUUGACAACUUUUUGAAUAGAUACAAAGACACCAUAAAUAAAAUCCGUGAUCUACGCAUGAAAGCGGAAGAUUAUGAAGUGGUUAAAGUUAUUGGAAGGGGAGCUUUUGGAGAGGUGCAGUUGGUAAGACACAAAGCCACAAGAAAGGUAUAUGCCAUGAAGCUGCUAAGCAAGUUUGAGAUGAUCAAGAGGUCAGACUCUGCUUUCUUUUGGGAGGAGAGGGACAUCAUGGCUUUUGCUGACAGUGCAUGGGUUGUGCAGCUCUUCUUUGCUUUCCAGGAUGAUCGCUACCUCUACAUGGUGAUGGAGUACAUGCCCGGUGGGGAUUUGGUUAACUUGAUGAGUAACUACGAUGUACCAGAGAAGUGGGCGCGCUUUUACACAGCGGAGGUUGUGCUCGCUCUGGAUGGAAUUCACGCUAUGGGCUUUAUCCACAGGGAUGUGAAGCCUGAUAACAUGUUGCUAGACAAAGCAGGCCACUUAAAACUGGCAGACUUUGGAACUUGCAUGAAAAUGAACAAGGAUGGUAUGGUACGAUGUGACACAGCAGUGGGAACUCCAGACUACAUUUCACCUGAGGUACUAAAAUCCCAAGGAGGGGAUGGAUAUUAUGGCAGAGAGUGUGACUGGUGGUCAGUAGGGGUGUUCCUGUAUGAAAUGCUUGUUGGUGAUACUCCGUUCUAUGCAGACUCACUGGUGGGGACGUACAGCAAAAUUAUGAACCACAAGAAUGCCCUCACUUUCCCUGACGACAGCGACAUCUCCAACGAUGCCAAGAAUCUCAUCUGUGCUUUCCUGACUGACAGGGAUGUUCGACUUGGUCGGAAUGGUGUCGAUGAGAUCAAGAGGCAUCCUUUCUUCAAGAAUGAUCAGUGGACAUGGGACAACAUCAGAGAGACGGCUGCUCCAGUAGUUCCUGAACUGAGCAGUGACAUCGACACCAGUAACUUUGAUGACAUUGAGGAGGAUCGUGGAGAGGAGGAGACUUUCCCCAUACCAAAGGCCUUUGUGGGCAACCAGCUCCCCUUUGUAGGCUUCACAUACUACAGCAGUCAGCACCUUUUGCGCAGCUCCCCCACGACCAACAAAAGUGACAAACGUAGCAGCUCCACAAAGGAAGAAAAGAGCCAUCUGGAGAGCCUGCAGAAAAGAAUCUACCAGUUGGAGGAGCAGCUCCACAGCGAGAUGCAGCUGAAGGAUGAAUUGGAGCAGAAAUGCAGGUCCUCAAACACCAAGAUUGACAAGAUCAUGAAAGAACUCGAUGAAGAGGCAAACAUGAGGAAGAGUGUUGAGGCUAGCAUGUCUCUGCUGGAAAAGGACAAGAUCAUGUUGCAGCACAGAUUCACAGAGUACCAAAGGAAAGCUGAUCAGGAGGCAGAGAAGAGACGCAAUUUGGAGAAUGAGGUAUCAACAUUAAAGGAGCAGCUUGAGGAUAUGAGGAAGAUCAGCCAGAACUCUCAGGCCUCAAAUGACAAGAUUGUCCAGCUGCAGAAUCAGUUGGGAGAGGCCAAUGACCUGUUGCGGGCAGAGUCUGACACAGCAGCAAGACUGAGGAAGAGCCACACGGAGAUGGCAAAGUCAAUGAGCCAGUUGGAGAGCAUUAACCGAGAACUGCAGGAGAGGACCCGUGCAGGAGAAAGCGAGAAAUCCCAACUAGAGAAGGAGAUCCUACUACUUCAGAGCACCCUGGACUCAGAGAGGAGAAGCUACAGCCAAGGAUCUGAGGAAAUCAGAGAACUCCAAGCAAGGAUGGCAGGGCUGCAAGAGGACAGCAAAAACCUGAAGCUUGCCCUCUCCAAAGUGGAGGCAGAACGCAAACAUGCCCAAGAGAGGAGUAAUAGCCUGGAGAAGGAGAAGAAUAACUUGGAGAUUGACCUGAACUACAAACUGAAGGCAUUGUUGCAGCGGCUAGAGCAGGAGCAGACUGAACACAGAGUGACGCGAGCACAACUCACAGACAAAUACGAGUCUAUUGAAGAAGCCAAGUCAGCUGCCAUGAAUGCCAUUCAGCAGAAGAUGUCAGAGGAGAACGGAGCGAGGAUGCGAGCGGAGAGUCGAGUAGUCGAGGUUGAGAAGCAGUGUUCAAUGCUUGAGUUUGACCUCAAGCAGUCUGUGCAGAAGAUGGAGCAGCUGAUGAAGCAAAAAGAAAGGCUUGAAGAUGAGGUGAAGAGUCUGCGGAUACAGAUUGAGCAGGAGUUGAGCAAGCGCAUGUUGAUCCAGAACGACAUGAAGAGCCGGACACAGGAGGUUGAUCGUCUUAGGUGUACAGAGAAGCAGCUCAAGCAGGAGAUCAAUGCAACGCUAGAGAGCAAACGCUCGCUGGAGUUCCAGCUGGCACAGCUGACAAAACAAUACCGAGGCAACGAGGGACAAAUGAGGGAACUUCAGGACCAGCUUGAGGCUGAACAGUAUUUUUCUACACUUUAUAAAACUCAGGUCAAGGAACUAAAAGAGGAGAUUGAGGAAAGAAACCGGCAGCUGCAAGAAGCUCAGAAAAAGGUGCAGGAGUUGUGCAAUGAAAGGGACUCACUGUCUGCCCAGCUGGAUCUGACUGUGACCAAGGCCGAGUCAGAACAACUUGCACGGGCGCUUCAGGAGGAGCAAUACUUUGAGCUCAGCCAGGAAAACAAGAAGGCAACGACUCGACAUAAGCAGGACAUCGUGGAGAAGGAUGCUACCAUUGCACGGCUUGAGGAAUCCAACAAAACUCUGACCAAAGAUGUGGAGAACCUCAGCAAAGAGACAACUGUGUUAAAUGAGAAGCUUCGUACUCAAGAUGAAGAAUAUGCAGCUCAGAAAGAAGAGAUUGCAAAUACAAUAAAGGCCAACUAUGAGAAGGUCCUCAACACAGAACGCACACUGAAGACUCAGGCAGUAAACAAGCUGGCAGAGAUCAUGAACCGCAAGGACAUGAAGCUGGACCAGAAGAAGAAGGGCAGUACUGCUGACCUACGUAAGAAGGAGAAGGAGAAUCGCAAGCUUCAGCUGGAACUUAACCAGGAGAAGGAAAAAUUCAACCACAUGGCUAUUAAAUACCAGAAAGAGUUGAGCGAGAUGCAGGCGCAACUGGCAGAGGAGUGCACGUAUCGCAACGAGCUGCAGAUGCAGCUGGAUAGUAAAGAGAGUGACAUUGAGCAGCUUCGGGAGAAACUCAAUGACCUACAACAGCGCAUGGAUAACUCGAGUGUCACCAGCUUACAGACAGAUGAGACAGACAGCAACAUCGCAGAAUCCAGACUGGAGGGUUGGCUGUCCAUUCCUAAUCGUACUAAUAUCAAGCGCUAUGGGUGGAAGAAACAGUAUGUGGUGGUGAGCAGUAAGAAGAUCCUGUUCUACAACGAUGAGCAGGAUAAAGAACAGUCAAACCCCUCAAUGGUUCUAGACAUUGACAAACUCUUUCAUGUCAGACCAGUUACGCAAGGAGAUGUGUAUCGAGCGGAGACUGAAGAAAUUCCAAGGAUAUUCCAGAUUCUGUAUGCUAACGAGGGAGAAUGCAGGAAAGAGGCAGAUAUGGAGACAGUCCAUCAGGGGGACAAGGCCAACUGUCUCCCACACAAAGGUCAUGAGUUCAUCCUCACAUUGUAUCACUUCCCUUCCAACUGCGAGGCCUGUGCCAAGCCUCUGUGGCAUGUCUUCAAGCCUCCUGCGGCCCUGGAGUGUCGUCGCUGCCACGUCAAGUGCCAUAAGGACCACCUCGACAAAAAGGAGGAUGUUAUCGCCCCUUGCAAAGUAAAUUACGAUGUGACCACCGCCCGGGACAUGCUGCUGCUGGCCCUGAACCAAGAUGAGCAGAAGAAAUGGAUUGGUCACCUUGGGAAGAAGAUCCCCAAAACCCCACCUUCUACAUUUUCUCGAGCCUCUCCACGUUCUAUGUCCACUCGCUCUGGACCCAACCAGUCCUUUCGCAAGAACCCAAAAAGCAAUACAGCAAAGCUGAGCUAACCAACUGAACCAUGGGAUUUUUUUUCUGGACUUUUUCCUUCCCAUUCCACAAACAUGGAUUUACCUUUAUUACAUAAAAACUGUUAAGUAAAAAAAAAACAAACAAAAAAUAAACUAACUGGGGCUGGAAGGUUGUGAGGCGCAAAGCAUCAUGGACAACAAGCCACCUCUUCACGUUUUACUGAUGAUGAGAGGGAUCCAUUGUCAGACCACACGGACUUGCAUCUCUUCAUUUUGAUCAGAGGAGGGCGCACGUCUUCAACAAGAGGAUGGCUUUAGAUCAGAGAGAAGCGGACACGUCGUUGGAACGUACCGUAUUUCAUAUUAUGACAUUUAUGGCGGAAAGUAGAAGUUUAAAAGGGCGGCUGUGAUUGGACUCCUGUAUGUGUGUUCAGUUUAAGGUACCGUCAUACAGGGAUUACAGAUCUGCAGUGAGUGGGUUUGUCGUAGGCUUAGACAAUAAAUGGAUUUUGUGAUUUAUUUCCACACCUGACAGAUGCUCUUUCUAAAUGCAAGCAUACUCCUGUUUCCAGCUGAAAAUGACUUGAUGCCUUCAUCUACCGUCACUGGCCAUUUUGCCUUUGUUCUUAUCCCUCUGCAAAGCCAGUUAUCAGGGUUCGACAGAGUAUUGGGAAAUGAGUAUUAGAUAUUUUGAGUACUGAGUGACUAGCAUGCAAGAUCAUCAUUUAAAUCUAUGCAUCAUUUUUUUAAUUAUUAUUUUUAUUGCUCCAAGCCAUGAGGAAAUUCCAUCGUAAUGGCACGGAGUCCUUAAACCUUUUUGUUUUAUUUGGUACAUUGCCUCUGUAAUAUUUUUUCAUGUAUUAUUAUUAUUAUUAUUGUUAUUUUGUAAUGUAUUGCCUUACAUUGAUUCAUAGAUAAAUGGUUCAAAAGGAAAACAUUAAGUUAACAAAUGUAAAACUGCACUGUUUGAAUUGUAAAUUAUUUGUAGAAGACUAAACAGGUGUAGCAUUUGGCCCACCUCGUGCCUUAAUAUUUGGAUAACGAUUUUACUGCCAUAUGUUUGUUUUUCUUCCCAGACUAAGACAAAUCUUAUCUCUUCCAUCAUUUAGGGUUUUUUUUUAAUGCCACAGUUGUGGUUUUAUUGCAAC